UAUAAAUUCUGAUACCGUAUAUGUUGUACCGGCCUAUUUCCAAUGCAUUAUAAUUGCGUUAAUUAAUACAUUCUUUGAAAAAUUAAUUUGAAGACAUAAAAAAUAAAAAUUUUAAGUUUUAAUUUCUAUUUCUGGUGUCAUAAGUGUUUGUUUUAUUAUUAUGUCUCUUACUAUUGCUCAAAUACGCCAACACCUUAGUCAUUUGUCUAAUGCACAAGCUUCCCAUAAAGAUCAAGUAGAUAAAUAUAGAAGUUUAUUGAAUAAUGUACUGUCAAACACUGGUGAUAACAUAAUUGAAGCAUUAAAAGUAUUUGUAGAAGCCAUUGUUAAUGAAAAUGUGAGUUUGGUUAUAUCUCGUCAAAUAUUGUCUGAUGUCAGUACUCAAUUAUUACCUGAUUUACCUGAUGGACAAUCUAAACAACUAGCUCAUUUUACCUUAGAAAAAAUUCAACCUAGAGUUAUUUCUUUUGAAGAGCAAGUUGCUAAUGUUCGUCAACAUUUAGCUUCUAUUUAUGAAAGAGAAAACAACUGGAAAGAAGCAGCAUCUGUACUUGUUGGUAUUCCUUUAGAAACUGGUCAAAAAAAAUAUACAGUUGAUUACAAGUUAGAAACUUAUAUGAAAAUUGCUCGUUUAUAUUUAGAAGAUGAUGAUCCGAUGUUAGCAGAAUCCUACAUCAAUAGGGCAUCAUUAUUACAAACUGAAUCAAAAAAUGAAAAAUUACAAAUAUGCUAUAAAGUAUGUUAUGCUAGAGUCUUAGACUAUAGACGAAAAUUCAUUGAAGCUGCUCAAAGAUACAAUGAAUUAUCUUAUAAGACUAUAAUAUCAGAAGAGGAACGCAUGUCUGCUUUAAAAAAUGCACUUAUUUGUACAGUAUUAGCAUCUGCUGGUCAACAGCGUAGCCGUAUGUUAGCUACAUUAUUUAAAGAUGAAAGAUGCCAGAGUUUACCAGAAUUUUCCAUACUUGAAAAAAUGUACUUGGAUCGCAUUAUUAGGCAUUCUGAAAUCAUUCAACUUGAUGCAAUGCUUCAACCUCAUCAAAAAGCUAAAACUGUUGAUGGAUCCACUAUAUUGGAUAGGGCCAUAAUAGAACAUAAUUUAUUAUCUGCUAGUAAACUUUAUAAAAACAUGAAAAUUGAAGAACUAGGUCGACUAUUAGGCAUAGAACCUAUUAAAGCAGAAAAAAUUGCAGGGCAAAUGAUAUCCGAAGGACGUAUGGAAGGAUCUAUAGAUCAAAUUGAGUGUUAUGUACAUUUUAAAUCUCAAAAAUUACUUCCAACAUGGGAUAAAAAAAUUGAAGCAUUGUGUUACCAUGUUAAUCAUAUUAUUGAACUGAUGUCAGCAGACCCAGCAAUUCGUGACUGGAUGAAUAAACACUUGAAUGAUCAAAUGGCUUUUUAAUUUAACAGAAAAAUUUUAAUUUUUUUUAAAUAUAACCAUGUCCUAAUAUAAAUAAAUACACUGAUUUUUUCUAUUUUAUAAUAAAAAAUAUUCUUAUGAUUAAA